UGAACAAGGACAUCUUCGAGGAUGCUGACUGGCAUCCGUCUAGCACCAUCUUGGAAACGCACUUUGACCUGCACCCUGAUGCCCCGCCGGUGAUGCGAAGGAUGAUUAUUGCCGUUGAUGGCAACACUGACCAAACACGCAACCACAGUAUCAGCAGUACCCCGGUGCAGUGCGGUGAGUACAACAGUGAACUGAUGGCAAACGGUCAAUGCCGCCUGAUGGCAACACUGCCUCCAGUGGGAACAACACAGAAACACUGCCCAGAUAUGUUCCGCUGUACAGAUGAUGUCUCCUACUGGCUGCAUGAGAACCAGAACAGAAAGGAGCAGCUGGAGGAACUGAGAGAGAUGAUGUCAGAACUUCAGGAGGAACUGAGGAGCCACAGACAUCAUGUCAAGGCCCUGGAGAUGCAAAAUGAAGAGAGUGUUGGCUUUAACUCCAGCUUUGACCGACGCUUUCGUUUUCUGGAGUUGCGUCACGCAGAGGUUGACACAUUACUCCACGUGCAUGCAGCGCUGCUCUAUGAGCUGCAGGCGCAACUCCGCAACCUGUCAGACACUGUGCAGCGCCUGAACCACAACACGGGCUGCAAGGUCAACAUCGUCCGAAGUGCACUGCCAGUCGACAUGAGGGACAUGCUGCCGCCAGAUGGACCACACAUGUCUUUCUGUCCAUCAGACUGUGCGUCUCUCUAUCACAGGGGCGUUCGCCGUUCAGGUGUUUACACCGUCAUCCUGUCAGCUGGUGCCACCGUAUCAGUCUUCUGUGACAUGGAGACUGAGGGUGGUGGCUGGACGGUGUUCCAGCGACGGCAUGAUGGCUCGGUUAGCUUCAACCGCGGCUGGUCGGAAUACCGGGACGGAUUCGGAGAGCCACGAGGGGAACACUGGCUCGGCAAUCAGCAGCUCCACCUGCUGUCCAACCACGGUCAUUACAGUCUGCGCAUCGACCUGCAGGACUGGAGCCACACCCACAAAUACGCCCUGUACCACAACUUCAGAAUAGAUGAUGAGGAGAACCAGUAUCACCUCCAUGUGUCGGGGUUCAGCGGGACGGUGGAGGACUCUUUCGGGUGGUACCACGACCAGCACCGCUUCAGCACACCAGAUACCGGCAACAUUUGUGCAGAGAUCAGCCACGCCGGCUGGUGGUUUCACCAGUGUUUCUAUGCCAAUCUCAAUGGCAUCUACUACAAGGUAGAACACGUGCCUGCCCCAGUACACCAUGCCGUCACAGUGAUCACAGCAGAAACUGGGGGGCGCUACUCACUGAAGGCUCAGAACCUCCUUGGGCCAGAUGGGAUUGUCUGGUUCUCCUGGAAGGAUUCAGAUUUCUACUCCCUGAAAGCAGUCUCCAUGAUGAUACGACCACACAACUUCAGGCCACGCCUGUCACCAUAG